AUCCCUAGGGUUUCAAUUUCAAAACCUUAGCUCAUUUCUCUUCGGUUGGGUACUGAACACGUUCGGCAGCGAGAGGACUCGCAGCAACAGCGACAAUGGUGAAGUAUUCGAAGGAACCGGUCAACCCCACCAAAUCUUGCAAAGCCAGGGGCUCUGAUCUUAGAGUUCAUUUUAAGAAUACACGAGAGACAGCUCAUGCAAUUCGGAAGUUGGCUCUAACCAAGGCUAAGAGGUAUUUGGAAGAUGUUCUUGCACACAAACAAGCUAUUCCAUUCACACGCUUCUGUCGUGGAGUUGGACGGACUGCUCAAGCAAAGAACCGCCAUUCAAAUGGACAAGGUCGCUGGCCUGUUAAGUCCGCGGGAUUUAUUCUGGAUUUACUCAAGAAUGCUGAGAGUAAUGCGGAAGUAAAAGGUUUAGAUGUGGAUUCACUUUACAUAUCCCACAUCCAAGUUAACCAAGCCCAGAAGCAAAGGCGUCGCACAUAUCGUGCCCAUGGAAGAAUCAACCCUUACAUGUCAUCUCCCUGCCAUAUUGAGUUGAUUUUGUCUGAAAAAGAAGAAGCUGUCAAGAAAGAGCCUGAGACCCAGCUGGCUCCUAGGAAGACAAAGAAGGGUCAAGCUCUACGCAGUGGUGCUUCCUCUUGAAAGAUGAGUGUGGUAGUCCGAUCUGAAGAAGUGUGAGAGUUUUUCAUUUUCUGUGUCUUUGUCAUCAAGAGACCAUUUUCUGUUGCAGCUUUUGAGGAAGCGUUCUUAAAUUAUAUUUCAUCUAAAGGUGUGAACUUUCCGUAAUAUAAGAACUUACCUAUGUAUGAUGGGAGUGCUAGAUUAAUCUCUACUUGGAAUUUUUUUAGCACAAGGUGCUUAGGC